AUGGAUCGGGCUAGAGGACGAACCUCGACGGGUAAUUGUCGUAUCAGAAAGCUUGGCGUUUGCGUGAGCGUGGUUAUACUCGGAACCUUCAUCGCUUGCAUACUGUUAGCGUACACAGCGUUUGCAUCUCCGGUUACCGAACGUGACACGUUACAGCAGGUGGUUUUUUUGUUUCGUCAUGGCGACCGAACUCCUACAGAGACCUACCCUAAGGACCCUUACAUAAAUUAUGAUUGGCCCGAUGGCUGGGGCUCUUUGACUAAGAAAGGAAUGCGUCAACUGUAUAAUAUGGGUCAGUGGAUACGCUUAAAAUACGGCCCUAUAAUCGGUCGUAAAUUCGAGAGCACAGCCACGUUGGUACGUAGCAGCUACGCGGAUCGGUGCGUCAUGUCAGCACUAGCAUUACUCGCUGGAUUGUUCGAACCAGCUCCCGAGGACAUGUUCGUGCCCGGUUUGACAUGGACUCCCGUUCCUGUACAUUCGAUACCACGGGCAUUAGAUAAGCUGAUUACGAUGAAGGCACCAUGUCCGAAGCUAGAAGAGGCUCUAAAACAAGCGUAUAUAGAGGAAGAAAAAAAAUCGGGCGAGAAAAUGGCCAAGUAUUACAAGGAACUAACGAAGCACACCGGACAGAAUAUGAGCACGAUUACCGACGUCGAGUUUCUUUACAACACCCUCGAGAUCGAAGAGGAACACGAUUUACAGCUUCCAGUAUGGACGCAAAAUUUUUACAACAACGAGAUGCGCGAAAUAGCUGCUCGUAGCCUCGCCAUUUUCACCGAGGGCGUUAUUCAAAAACGUCUUCGUGGAGGUCCCCUGCUAAAAGAAAUUUUGCAGCAUAUGGAAGAGAGUAAAAACAAUCCCAAGUCGAAACGAUCUUACUUUUAUUCCGCUCAUGACAUAACUAUCGUUAACGUGAUGAGGACAAUGGGAUUUACGAAUGAGCUGUUUAAACCCGAUUACGGAGCGAUGAUCAUAUUGGAGCUACACUUCGCUAAUAAUGGAACCGAGCAAGAAGUAAAGGCAUUGUAUUUGAAUAAUACGGAAAUGGACAACGUGCAUCGUUUAGAAAUUCCUAACUGCGCGAGUCCUUGCCAAUUGCAAAACCUGAAGCAAGUGUGGCACGAAGUGAUUCCAGACGAUUGGGACGCAGAAUGUAAAAUAUAAAACUACUAAUGAAAGUACAAUACAACAAUUCAUAUACAUAUAUUUCAUAUUUACGUUAAAUAGUAAAAGCGAACGUUUCGAAUACAUUUCGAGCUAUUCUCAGCAAAAAUUUUUUAAUCUCACGCUCUUGAUUAGAGAUACAGUCAUUACUCCAUUAUUAUUCAAAUCAAAAGGGUAUAUAGCUCAAAGAACCAAGAGAAAGUAAAAGUACAAAUUCUUUCAGAAAUAAAUUGUAAAUAAAUCAC